AUGGAUGCAAUCAGCCAAUUACAAGAACAGGUGAACAAAAUCGCGACGAUUGCUUUCACCACCAUCGGAACCCUCCAGCGGGACGCCCCUCCCGUCCGAAUCUCCCCUAAUUACCCCGAAUCAGAGUCGGCCCCACCGCCAAACCCAAACCCGAAUCCGAACCCGACUGACGAUGCCACUGAUUUCGCGAUGCAGCCCAAGCUCAUGAGCGCGGAUCUAGUCAAAGCAGCCAAGCAGUUUGAUGCAUUAGUUUCGGCACUGCCGCUGUCGGAGGGAGGCGAGGAAGCUCAGCUGAAGAGGAUUGCGGACCUUCAGGCCGAAAACAGCCUUGUAGGCCAAGAACUUGAGAAGCAACUCGAAGCUGCAGAGAGGGAACUGGAUGAGGUCAGAGAGUUGUUUGGACAAGCAGCGGAUCACUGUUUGAACUUGAAGAAACCAGAAUGAAGAUGGUUACCAGUUAGCAUUCCUGCUGAGCCGAGGAGACUGUAAUUGGUAGAAAAGGUCAGUGUCUGGUGUAAGAAGCAGUUUUUCAUAACAGAGAUCUUUUGUAAUUCUGUGACUUUUAUGUCCAAUCAUCUUGAGGAGGAAGAUAUGGACCACGGUUUCAACUUCAAGCAUCAUUUAGUUAAUCCUUUUGAGAAACAUGUAAUGCAGAAUCCUAUGUUUGUCAAAGAUAUGCUUGCGAUUGCUACUAAAUCCUAUCUCAGUGAUUAAAGCUGAAUCACCUG